AUGCAGGGAUUUUUGGGAGCGCUGGCGUUGAGUCUAUUGGGGAUGAGCAUGGCUCGCCCCGACUCUUAUUUCGUGCCGACCUUCAACAGAGACGAUAGGGGUUCGGCCGAGACCGUCGGCCACGGCGGCCACGGCGGACGCGGAACUCGCUUCGGACCCGGAUCGGGUGAAGACGACGACAACGGCCCGGCCGUCUACGAAUUUGCCUACGAGAUGCGAGACGAUGCCACGUUCAACUAUCAGGCCCGACGGGAGGAAAGAGACGGAGACGACGUCAAGGGGCAGUAUCAAUACGUGGGACCCGACGGAUUCCUCUAUCUCGUCACCUACGGCGACGACGGUCAGGGCUUCUAUGCCGACGUGGAUCGCAAACCCCAGAAGAUCUUCGACGAAGAGGCGUUCUCUCGCCGAGACGAUGACCGCCGAAACGAUGACCGCAGCGACGAAAAACCGAGAUCGCGUUUUGGAUUCUAA